ACACUCCAGCAGCUGGCAAGACAGCGUCUGGUGAGGGAAGAGGCCUUGGCCAUUUCUGCUUUGGAGAAGCUGCCCGUGAAACUGUUCCCAGCACUGUUUGAAGAGGUCUUCGCUGGCAGAUGGACAACAACACUGAAGGCUAUGGUGCCUGCCUGGCCUUUCCCGUGCCUCCCUGCAGGAGCGCUGAUAGAGGAGCCCCACCUGGAGACUCUGAAGGCUCUGCUUGAGGGACUGGAUGUGAUGACUGCCCAGAAGGUUCCUUCAGAGAAGUCGAACUUCAGAGUACUCGAUCUGAGGGAUGUGCCCCAUGACUUCUGGAGCAUAUGGGCUACUGAGUCCUACGAAGGUGACUGCUCAGUGCCAGUCACAACACAGGAGCAGGCAGUAAAGACUUGUCCUGCCUCUGGGGAGGAGACACGUUUUAUGGUGGUGACUGAAUUUAAGAUCAUGAAGAAAGGCUUCAACGAGUGUGAUGAAUACCUGUUGGAGUGGGCCCAGGGGAGAAGAAAUGUCAUUCAUCUGUGCUGUAAUAAGCUGAGGAGCUGGAACUCGACUUUACACCUUGCCUCGUCUAUCUGGGGCCAGGUGAACCUAGGCUGUAUUCGGGAGCUGCAGCUGAGUGAGUGGUGUUUGGAAUUCAUACAAGAUAUUGAGUUUCACCUGGGGACCAUGACAAAUCUUCACAAGCUCAUGCUAGAAGAAAUUAGGAACUCCUACAACCGUGCUACUUCUGUAGAGAGUACUAUAAAGGUUUUGGCUUCUACUGUAUUCAGAGCCCAACAUAUCCGGUAUCUCUGUCUAAAUGAUCUCUGUUUACUAAGGAACAACCUUGAAAAGUUGUUCAGGAAUCUGGACACCCGCUUGGAGACGCUGUCAAUUGCUUCCUGCUGGCUCUCACAGGCAGACUUGGAUUACCUGGCCCAUUGGCCCAACAUUUGUGAGCUCAAACAUCUGAGCCUGAGAGAUUUUAUACCUGAAUCGUGCCCCGAGCUUCUUGGAGUUCUCCUCAAGCGAGUGGCAAGUACCCUGCAAACCCUGGACCUGGAACAGUGUGGCCUGAACGACUGUCAUUUCAAUGCUAUUUUGCCCGCCCUGAGCCACUGCUCCCACCUCACAAAAAUCAAUUUCUAUUAUAAUAAUAUCUCUCUGGUGGUCCUGAAGAAGCUUCUACAUCACACAGCCAAGCUCAGCCAGCUGACUGAAGAGCUGUACCCUGCCCCUCGGGAAUGCUAUGAGGAAGUCAUCAUACUUAGAGACAGAUUUGAGCAACUUUGUCCAGAGCUGCUAGACAUACUCAGGGCCCAGAGGCAGCCCAAGGCAGUCUCUUUGGCAAUUCCCUGUUUUCAGUGUGGCCAUUCCUGUUACUAUGACUUGGAGGCCAGAUUUUGCCUUUGUCAGCAAGUGUAG